AAAGAGCUUAAAAAACCAGAGCAGAUUUGGAAAAGAAAGGAACAAAAAGAGCGAAACAAAGAUACUGCAAAUUGGCAGCUGAGGGCGAGAUCGCACGUGUUGUGUUAAGGACAUCAUUAUGAACAAUAUAACGGAAAACUUCCCCGUUCCUCACAAGAAGUUUUCAGUUGAUAUAAAGGGGAACAAAACAGAUAUAGUCAUAUGCAGUUAUGAUGAUCAUUUUCUUGUUAUUGCUUCUCAGAUAGGAACCAUGGGGACGAUUCUGCAAGCCAGGAAGGACGAAGGAAUGUCAAUGAAUCCAACUUUCAAUGUGUCUGUACUAUUUGGAAAACGAGACGAGCCAAUGCUAGUGGCAUGUGCUCGUCAGCUGAUUGAACACAUAAGUAGCACUGGCUCCUCCCAGCCGUUGGUGCUUUCUCUUGGCCUUAAAGAUCAUUCUGUGGAGACAUUAAAAGGCAUUGUUUGCGCUGUGACUGAGAAUCGCCUCUGGUAACUAAAUGUUGUUUUGUUCGGUAGCAAUACUAUAUGUACUCACUUUGAGUACACAAAUAGAUAGACACUUAUGUAUGUUAUUAUGCAAUUUGGUGUUGGUUUAUCUUUAAUUCAAAAUCAUUCAAUUACAUCAUUACACACAUAAAUAUAUAUUUAUUUGUAUACUCAAAAUAGAUACAUAUAAUUUUAUUAUUUGUUCAGAUGUCGUAAUUUGAUUAUCAGGUUUUGCUUACAUUUUAAGUAAUGCAACCUGCAGUGAACUCAUGCCUCAUCUUGUAAUAAUUCCUAUCAUAUUGAAUGAAGAAUCUGAUCGGUCACAUUCGCAUUAAAUCAUCCUAAAUAAAAAAAUAAAAUAGUUAUUUC